UUCAUGCUAGUGUAACCACCUUUUUUUCCUGGCUGACAAAGUCACCGCCAGGCAAUGAUGAACCAAAAAUGAAGGUUGCCAGUGUUAUUGUUAUAGCUGGAAGCCCUGUUGCUUAGAUAUUUAAGUAAAUCCGACCAAGGUCGUAUGAACUUUUUAUAAAUUUUGUAUAAUCUUUUUAUCGAUUAUUUGACUAACGACACUUGAUCAUUAUUCAUAUUUAUUUUAAUCAUUUAAACAAUGUCAAAUAGUUAAUGUACCAAGCGAGCAUUAGCCAGUGAUGUCUUACAUGCUAGUUUAUAAUUAAAUAACAUUUUACUAACAGAUAAUGGAUGAGAACCGUGCAGUCCAGAAUGCAGCAUACGCUGCUAUUCACUUUUAUAGUGAUCAAAAAGGACAUAUACAAAUCAUUGAUACAAGUGAUAUCAAAGACUUUGGUGCCGAGGACACUGAUAUGCUUAAAAAACCGUAUUUUGUCAAACGGACUAACUGUAUAUCAGGAGAAGAGCAAUUUUGCCCUGCUCAAAUUCAUGCUGUACCAGGAUGUAUUAGUGACCUCGAAGAACCCAAAACAAGAUACAAAUUUCAUAAAAUUCGUUAUAGUGAUGCUCUUUAUGAACUGGAAGCAAAUAGAAAAAAAAUUAAGAGACGCAGAAUAUUCUGCAGGGUACAAAUAGUAGUUCAAAAUCAUGUAGUCAAACAGUAA